AUGGUGAUGGACGCGUCCGCGGCGGCGGCGCCCGCGGCGGUGCCGGGCGCGCUGGCGGGGCCGGUGGUGGACGGCGUGAGCGCGCUCGACUGCAGCCCGCAGGGCCUGGCGGCGUUCAGCAGCGGCGCCGCCAUCAGCAUCGUCGACCUCGCCAGCAUGCAGCUCGUCCACACGCUCGUCGCGCCGCCGCCGCCGCUCGACCGCUCCGGGGGCCUCGCGGGCGGCGCGGCGGAGACCGCGGGCGUGGUAGUGCCGGUGACGGCGGCGCGGUUCAAGCCGGGCGGGCUGGACCGCGACCUCGCGCACCUGUCGAGCCUGCAGCUGGCGGCGGGCGACCGCGCGGGGCGCGUGGCGCUGUGGGAGGUGGGGGGGGGCGCGGGCGGGAGCGCGGGGGGCGGGGCGGCGGGGUCGGUGGACGCGGUGGAGUGGGUGAUGGGGCGGCCGUGGCUGCUGGCCGUGCUGCACGCCAGCUGCGCCGCCGUCGUCUGGGACCUCUCCUCCUCCGCCGCCGCCUCCUCCUCGCCCGCCGCCGCAGCCACGGCGACGCCACGUGUCAUCUGGCGGUACGACGGGUCGGCGUCGCCCACGGGCGAGCUGCUGGUGUCGCUGGCGCUGGACCCCCACGACCCGCGCCGCCUGUGCGUGCACGGCGCGCGGGGGCUCGUGCUCGCGCUGCAGGUCGACCUGGGCGCGCCGGGCAAGGGGGGCGCGGGAGGGAGCGGGGGUAGCGGGGGAGCGGGCAAGGAGAGGGGGGUGAGCAUCAAAACCACCACGCUGCAGCUGCCCCUGCCAGAGCUUGCCGGAGGGGGAGGCGGACCCACGGGGGCGGGAUCACAGGUGGUGGCGUGUGCGUUCGCCCCGCACACGCGUGACCUGCUGUACGCGGUGCUGCCGCGCGACAUCGUGUGCUUCGACCUGCACUUCGGGUGCGCCGUGGCGUCCUCCUCCCUGCCGCGCAGUGUGGCGCGCCUGACCCGCCUGCUGCUGCCGCCCUCCAGCGACGUGCUCUACUGCCUCCACGCCGACGGCAAACUCUCCAUGUGGCAGCGCCGCCCAGGCCGCCAGCUGUACAUGAUCCGCACGGUGGAGCCGCUGGUGCCCUUGCCCGGCAGUGCGGCACCGUCCCCGGGCAUCCUGGCGGCCAUGCUGUGGCCGCAGCCGUUCCGCGAGGCGCAGCUGGUGCUGCAGGCCGUGCCCGCCACCACUCCGCGCCCCAACGGCAGCCUGGGGGGCGGCGUGGCGGCGGGUGUGAGCUUGCACGGCGUGAGCAGCUGCCAGGUGGUGUGUGUGAGCGACGACAACAAGCUCUGGCACUGGCUCGCCACCACUGCUCCCGUGUCGGGGGGCAAGGGGGCGGUGAGGGGGGCUGGGGAUGGGGAGAAAGGGGACGGUGGGGACGGGGGGGCGAGGGGCGGACGGGGGAGCGGGGGGGCCGGAGGGGGGGGCGGAGAGGGCGGUGGUGGAGAGGGGGCGAGCGCAAUGGGCGAUGGCGUGGAGGUGGCCAUGAAGUUGGAGCUGCUGGGCAUGUUCCACGGCUUCUCCUCUGCGCCCACCACACUCUCCGUGCCCGCGCCCUCCCUCUUCUCCUGUGUGCCAGGUGCGUGCCACGCCACCCACUGCACUGCUGCACCAACCAGCUGUGCGCCACCCGUCCCCACGCUCUGCACGCACCUCUCACCUCCACGCAUUCGCCUCUCCAUCGACACCAGCUGUCUCCUCUUGCAUGUGUGCUGUGCUCCCACCUCUCCACCACCACUCCUUGCCCCGCACACCAGCUGUGCAGGGCUGAGCACGGCAACGGGGUCGCUGGCAGCAGCAGCGGUGCCGCUGGUGGCGGUGGCAACGCAGGAGGGCGGGGUGGAGCUGGUGGACACGGCGGUGCACGCCAUCGCCGCCUCCUUCCUGCUGCACCCCUCCAUGGUGCGCGGCGUGCGCUGGCUCGGCAACACUCGCCUCGUCUCCUUCUCCUUCCAAGAGGCGAAGGCGGGCGGGUACGAGAACAGGGUGGUGGUGACGUGCAUCCGCAGCGGCGAGUCGCGCCCCUUCCGCCAGCUGCAGCAGCCCGACAAGUCGCCCAUGCGCGGCCUCAGAGCCUCGCCCUCCGGCAGAUACCUGCUCAUCCUGUUCCGCGAUGCGCCAGCUGAAGUGUGGGCCAUGACUCGAACGCCCCAGAUGCUUCGCUCCCUCGCACUGCCCUUCACGGUGAUGGAGUGGGCGCUGCCGCCCGUGCAGAGCCCCACGCCGCUCGACCCGCACUCCGCCUUGCAGCGCCACAUGCACGACGACGACUUCCCAGCAUCGCCAACAUCAGCAGCGCUGCUGGCAGCAACGCCGCGCUCCGCGUCGGACCCCAUCGAGUCAUUCGCCUUCGCCCUCGUCAACGGCUCGCUCGGCGUCUUUGAGCUGCGAGGAAAGCGCGUGCGCGACUUCCGGCCCAAGUGGCCGUCAGCAUCGUUCGUGGCGGUGGACGUGCUCGUCACAGCCAUGGCUUACCGCACCCCCGUCGUCGCGCUGGGGGACAAGGCGGGCGUGCUGCGGUGGUGGGACGUGGCGUCGGGGGCAGCAGGCACACACGCACUCAACCGAGGGGCCAUCCGACGGUUGAGAUUCGCCCCCACGCUCGUGAACUCGAGCAGCUGCGGUCGGAUCGCCGUCAUGUUCAACGACUACACCUUCGCUCUCUUUGACCUGGACGAGGGAGAGUUUGUGGCGGGAGCGAUGCCCUCGGAGGCAGCGGCAUCGCUGCAGGUGCUGGAGAUGGACUGGCUGCCGCUGCAGGGGCCCUCGCCCACAGGGCCCUCUGCCGCCCGCCAGCUGCUGUGCGUGGCCGCUGCUGACGGCACCGUGCGCCUGCUCGACAUCGCCACCAACGCGCCACUGAAGCAGCCCUUGUACCGCCCGCCCGCCUCGCGCCUCGCUGUGUGGCACCGCUUCCGCCCUUCGCCACUCUGCUCCGUCGCCCUCAUGCCCGCGCCCUGCGCUCUGGCGUUGCGCCUGCUGCUACAGAUGGGCGUGCACCCCGCAUGGCUCGAGGCACCGCUGCCCCCGGGUGCCCAGGGGGAUGGGGGCGAGCUGGGCGAGGGGCAGGGCGAGGGGGAGGAGGAGGGGGGGGAGGAGGUCGGGGCAGGGGGCGAUCUGCUGGCGUACGUGGUGCAGCGGGGGCAGCUGCCAGGCGGAGUGGGCGACCCCGCCAUGGCGGAGGUGCUGCUCAAGGGGCUGCACCCCAUGCGCACGGCAGGGCAGCUGAUGGGGGUGGAGGCGGCGAGGGCGUACAGCAAGGUGUGUGGGGGCGGGGUGGCGGCGCGCUGUGCGUGUGUGGCGGCACACUACGGAGACAUCCAGGAGGCGCACUUCUGGCUGCUGCUGCCGCACGCCCUGCGCCUCCUCGCCCAGGCCAGCGGAACUGCCUGCACUGCCUCUCACGCGCUCUGCCUCCCCGCCGCUUCCCCUCGCCUCCCAACCGUCACCUCCCAAGCGUCCCCUGUGUGCUCGUCCUCGCCCUUCCCUUCCUUCCUCCCGAGCGCAUUGCUCCUCUUCACUUCAUCCGUGUCCGUGUCAUCUCACCUUUCUCCCCCCCUCCCCCCCUCCCCCUGCCCUCCCGUCCCCUCUCUCUCUGCGUGCCCCAUCCUGCCCGUGCAGGGUUCAGCGGGGCCGCACGCCUUCUGGCCGCCCGACUCUGCCGCGCCCGCCGCUGACGCUGGUAGUGGUGGUAGCGGCGCUGAUGGCACAGCAGGCCUGAGUGCAGCAGGGGCGGGCGGGGAGGGGUACGGCGAGGAGGCGGUGGGGGAGGAGGUGGAGGUGUGGGGGGACGAGAUGGGGGUGCGGCGCAUGGCGCAGGAGCGCAUCCACUGGCACAGCCAGGUCACGGGCGCUGAUGCUGCCAGCAAGCGCGUGCACGAGUUCAUCAUGGUGGGCGAUCUGGAGGCGGCGGUGACGCUGCUGCUGGCCACACCGUUCGACUCGCCCGCCUUCCACCGCGACGCCCUUCGCGCUGUGGCGCUCGCGACCGCUGUCUCGCCCUCCAUGCACCACCUGGCUGCCAAGGUGGUGGCGACGAACAUGGUGCUGGCGGGGGAGCCGCUCACUGCAGUGCACCUGCUCUGCUCCAUCGCCCAGUAUGCCGACGCCUGCACUCAGCUGCAAGCCAUUGGCCGAUGGGUGGAUGCAUCAACGCUCGCGGCUUGCCACCUGUCAGGCGCUGAUAGGGCCAAGGUGCUGCAUCGAUGGGCACAGCACACUCUUAAGAACGAGCAUGACCUGUGGCGUGCGGUGACGCUGUUUGUGGCGGCGGGCAGUCUGACAGCAGCACUGCGGGCGCUGAGGGAGGCCCACCAGCCCGACACCGCCAUGAUGCUGCUGCUCGCCUGCCACCACGCCCACGCCCGCCUCGCUCCACCCUCCCGCCGCCUCUCUGCCACCACCACCGCACCCGUGGCGAUCGGGCGGCACCUGCCGGCCGUGCCUGCCGGAGAGGGGGAUGUGGGCGGGAAGCAGGGCGUGGGGGGCGAGGGUGGAAUGGAGGGGAGGGAGGGGGAGAGAGGAGGGGAGGAAAGGGAGGGACGGGAGGGAGGGGAGGGAUGGAAGGGGGAGGAGGGAGAGGAGGGAGUGGAUGGGCCGCUGUGGCUACCGGGUGACUUGAGGACGCACGGGGAGGAGGAGGUGCAGGUGGUGUGUGGGCUCUUCUCUCAGCACCAGCGCUGGCUCGCUCACCUCUGUGCUCCACAUGGCUCCGACUGA